AUGGAGGAGAGGCUAGUUGAAAUUGAGGAGGGAGGAUUGAUGGAGAGACUUGAAUGGCAGAAGGAGCGAAUUGCAAUGGAAAGAGCGACUGGUCACAUGAACACUAUAUUAACUUUAAAGGAGAGCAACCCUCUGCUGAAAAGAGGAUCCAUCAAAGACCAGACUCUGCUGAACCUGAACCCAGCUUUGUGUCCUUCAAGAGCGACUGGUCAAAUGAACGCUAUAUUAGUUUUAAAGGAGAGCAACCCACUGCUGAAAAGAGAGUGCCCCUUCCAGGGUAACUUCAUCUGCACAUCCCCCCUGGAGAACCAGCGACCCUUGCUGCUGAAGGAUAACAUUGGCACUUUUGUGAAGAACGAGCUGAAGAAGAUCCAUAAGGUUUUGAAUCCAGAUUACCCAGAAUGCUUAGAGAGUCAGAGGGAGGAUGAGGCUGAAGAUGAAGAGCAGAGGAGCAGCAGAGAGUCAUUUCUGAAGAUCACACUGCACUUCCUGAGGAGAAUGAAGCAGGAGGAGCUGGCUGACCGUCUGCAGAGCAGAAGUUCUGCUGGAGUUUGUAAACGUAAACUCAAAUCUAACCUAAACAAGAAGUUCCAGUGUGUGUUUGAGGGCAUUGCUAAAGCAGGAAACCAAACCCUUCUGAAUCAGAUGUUCACAGAGAUCUACAUCAUGGAGGGAGGGACUGCAGAGGUCAAUGAUGAACAUGAGGUCAGACAGAUUGAAACAGCGUCCAGAAAACCAGAUAGACCAGAAACAACAAUCAGACGAGAAGACAUCUUUAAAGCCCCACCUGGAAGAGAUGAACCAAUCAGAACAGUGAUGACUAAGGGAGUGGCUGGCAUCGGGAAAACAGUCUUAACACAGAAGUACACUCUGGACUGGACUGAAGGCAAAGUUAACCAGGACAUCCAGUUCACAUUUCCAUUCACUUUCAGAGAGCUGAACGUGCUGAAAGAGAAACGGUACAGCUUAGUGGAACUUGUUGAUCACUUCUUCAGUGAAACCAAAGAAGCAGGAUUCUGCAGGUUUGAAGAGUUCCAGGUUGUGUUCAUCUUUGACGGUCUGGAUGAGUGUCGACUUCCUCUGGACUUCCACAACACUGAGAUCCUGACUGAUGUUACAGAAUCUGCUUCAGUGGAUGUGCUGCUGACAAACCUCAUCAGAGGGAAUCUGCUUCCCUCUGCUCGCCUCUGGAUUACCACACGAUCUGCUGCAGCCAAUCAGAUCCCUCCUGAAUGUGUUGACAUGGUGACAGAGGUCAGAGGGUUCACUGACCCACAGAAGGAGGAGUACUUCAGGAAGCGAUCCAGAGACAAGAAGCAGGAAAGCAGAAUCAUCUCCCACAUCAAGACAUCACGAAGCCUCCACAUCAUGUGCCACAUCCCAGUCUUCUGCUGGAUAACUGCUACAGUUCUGGAGGAUGUGUUGAAGACCAGAGAGGGAGGAGAGCUGCCCAAGACCCUGACUGAGAUGUACAUCCACUUCCUGGUGGUUCAGUCCAAACUGAAGAACAUCAAAUACGGUGGAGAAGCUGGGACCGAUUCAAACUGGAAUAAAGAGACGACGACGAUGAUUGAUUCUCUGGGGAAACUGGCUUUUGAGCAGCUGCAGAAAGGCAACCUGAUCUUCUAUGAAUCAGACCUGACGGAGUGUGGCAUCGAUAUCAGAUCAGCCUCAGUGUACUCAGGAGUGUUCACACAGAUCUUUAAAGAGGAGAGUGGACUGUACCAGGACAAGGUGUUCUGCUUCGUUCAUCUGAGUGUUCAGGAGUUUCUGGCUGCUCUACAUGUCCAUCUGACAUUCAUCAACUCUGGAGUCAACCUGCUGUCAGAAGAACAAACAACAUCGUGGUGGUCUGAAGUGUUCAGAGACAAAUCAACAUGUUUCUACCAGAGUGCUGUGGACAAGGCCUUACAGAGUCCAAAUGGACACCUGGACUUGUUCCUCCGCUUCCUCCUGGGACUUUCACUGCAGGCCAAUCAGAAUCUCCUACAAGGCCUGAUGACACAGACAGGAAGUAGCUCAGAGACCAUUCAGAAAACAGUCGAGUACAUCAAGAAGAAGUUCAGUGAGAAUCUGUCUGCAGAGAGAAGCAUCAGUCUGUUCCACUGUCUGAAUGAAAUGAAUGAUCGUUCUCUAGUAGAGGAGAUCCAACAUUCCCUGAGUUCAGGAAGUCUCUCCACAGAUGAACUGUCUCCUGCUGAGUGGUCAGCUCUGGUCUUCAUCUUACUGUCAUCACAGUCAGAUCUGGACGUGUUUGACCUGAAGAAAUUCUCUGCUUCAGAGGAGGCUCUUCUGAGGCUGAUGCCAGUGGUCAAAGCCUCCAACAAAGCUCUGUAAGUGGGAUUUAUUCAA